AUGGAAGAAAACAGUGUGAUUUAUGAGGUGGGAAAUACGUCUGAUCUGUCUGAGGCGAUGGACUGGGAUAGCAACCAGUUUGCAAACAUUGCCAUCAGGGCAAAGUCUAAAAUAUCCAAAAGACUAGACAAUCUGCAGGGUAGGACUCCUCUGAAACAGCAGAUACAGCGCCUCACCAUGAACAUUUCUGCGCUGGACUUACAGCAGCACGAGUGGAAAAGCGAAGUGGAGGACCUCAAUCUCCUUCUUGACAAUCGCACUCAGGUCAUUGGCGUCUUGAGCACUAACUUGAAAUCACAGGAAGAGGUGAUUGUCGAGCUCCACGCCGCCAAUGCUGAGUACCAAAGCGAAAUUAAACGCUUGAAGCAGGAGCUAGUGAAAAGCAAUAUUAUCAGCAAACUAAAAGGUCACAAGACAGAGACGGAACUUGAGCAGAAACUUUCUCUGUCCCAGUUUGCUUACAAUGAACUUUCAAAGGAGUUCUCAAAGUUUCAACACAAUCUGGCAUUUGUUGAAAAGAAACUGAAAUAUAAAAGUGACACGAUCCAGAAGAAAAAACUGGAUCAUUCAAAGUAUCAGAAAGACGUUUCAGUUUGUUACGACAAGCUGACAGCUCAGAUAGAGACAAUAGAAGACAUGUUCUAUGCUGAAAAAAUUAUAACCAGGAAUUAUGAGGUUAUUACUCAGCUGUCCUCUACACAUGGAAAUAUGGAAGGACUUAAACAGCUGUUGGCACCUCCAGAACAAAAGAGUGAUCAGAAAGAUAAUCAGCAGCUAAGACAAAAACUCUCUGAGGAAGUAGAGGACGAUUUGCCUACUGAACAAGGGAAUCAGAGCAAAAUUGAGGAGAUUAUCGCACAGAUGAAAUCUGAGAAUGAGUCUCAAGCAAGCGAGAUCACCCAAAAGAACAGUAUGACCGCCAACAUCCCCUACACACCGUCUUUUGGAAUAAAGACAUCCUCUAAAAGUGAAGAUAUGGAAGGACUUAAACUGCAGUUGGCCUCUCUACAACAGAAAAAUGAGGAGAAAGAUGCAGAGAUUCAAAAGCUGAACUUGGAUCAUUCAAAAUAUGAGGAUGAUGUUUCUGUUUGCUACGACAAGCUGACUGUCGAGAUAGAGGCCAUAGAGAACAUGUUAGAUGCUGAACAAUUUAUGAACAGAAACCAUAAAGUCAUUGCUCAGCUGUCCUCCAUACAUGGAAAUAUGGAAGGACUUCAAUUGCUGUUGGCGUCUCCUGAACAGAAGAGUGAUCAGAGUGAUAAUCAGCAGCUAAGACAAAGGAAGGAAAUGUUGCCUGCUGAACAAGGUUACCACAGCAAAAUCACAAAGAUUUUUGAACGAAUGGAGUAUGAGAAUGCGUCUCAAGAAAGCACAAUCACCCAAGUGAAUAGUAUGAUCGGCAACAUCCCUGAAGAUAUGGAAGGACUUAAACAACAGUUGGCGUCUCUAAAACAGAAAAGUGAAGAGAAAGAUGCAGAGAUUCAAAAGCUGAAACUGGAGCAUUCAAAAUAUGAGAAAGAUGUUUCUGUUUGUUACGACAAGCUGACUGUUGAGAUAGAGGCCAUGGAAGACACGUUAGAAGCUGAAAAAGCUAUAAGAAGGAACAUUGCCGUUAUUGCUCAGCUGUCCUCUGAACAUGGGAACCACUGUGACAUUGUGAAGAUUAUUGAACGGAUGAAAUAUGAGAAUACGUUUCAUGAAAGCAAGAUCACUCAAAUGAAGACUUCACAGGGGCACCAGCUCAGUCUUUUCAAAGCUUCACUCUAA